GGCGCUUCGAUCCUCGGUUUGGCGGAUGAGUCUCCUCGACUCUGAGCGGCGCGUGCUCAAGACGAUCUUGUGUCUCUGCCUCGGCUACCUGGGCGGUCACCUCACCGCCACGCACGGCGGCGGCUGGGUCGGCGGAGGUGAGGCGAGCUGCGCAGUUGGCGCUGGCGGCGGCGGCGGCAGUGAAGGCAGUGAGGACGGCAUCGAAGAGGGCAUCGCGAGCAUCGAGGGCCGCCUCGAGGGGCUCGGCGCCAGCCGCGGCCACCGCGACGGCACGGCGCAGGCCGCCGCAUCUGCCGACGCGCCCUACGUGCUGCUCGGCGUCAUCUCCAACCCUCCGAACUUCAAGCAGCGGGCGCUGCUGCGGCGGUUCAACGCGCAGACCGGCGGUCGGCGCGGCGACGGGCGCGUGCCAGGCCGCGGGCCGCAGGUGGGCGUCGAGUUUGUUGUUGGCAGCGAGCACCACAAGACGCCUCCGGCCCGGCUCUCGCAGAAGCUCGCUGCGGAGGCGGACCAGUUUGGCGACUUGCGCUUCGUCGCCGCGCGGGAGGCGAUCCCAAACGCGUGCGGCGGCGGGUGGGGGGGGCCGCUGGACGCGAUCCGCCAGAUGGAGGACCCGGCCAACCACUGCGCGCGCGCCGAGGGGCCGUUCCCGCAGGGGACGGGCACGCUGACGUGCAUGUCGCGCGCACUCGCCCUGCUGACUGCGCGCGACGAGCGGUUCGGGGAGUGGCUCGCCGUCGCGCGCGCGAGGAACGACUACGGCGCGCCGUGCCAGACUGCGGCGGCGUGCGCCGCGCACCCGCCCGCGACGCACAUGUGGCACCACGAGGACGCCGGCGUGUCGUACAACGUGUGGCGCUCGCUGGCGCGCGGCAUCGCCGCGUCGACCGGGGACGGCUCCCCCUCGGCGCCGCCCGCCGGCGCGGCGCAGGGCGCGGGGGGCGGCGCCGGCGGCGGGGUCGGCGGGCGGAAGGUGUACGUCGUGCACCUGCCGGAGAAGGGGUGGUUCUGGCCGUGGUUCAACGAGGCCGCCUUCUCGCCGCCGAUGUCGGCCAAGGCGAUCGUGGUGCACAAGGUCGUCGACGAGGCGCUGUGGGCAAGGGUGCGUGCGGCGUGGGACGUCGCGGCGCCGCUGCCGCGCGUCGUGGCGGACUGCUCGCAGACGUGCGCCUCGUGGGGCUGGACGAGGGCGCGAGUGGCGUGCGACGCCCCCCCGCCUCUGCCGGAGCGGCCGGCCGGCUCGUGGCGCGGCUACGUCCCGCGCUGGAACGGCACGUUGUGCCCGCUCACGCCCGCGCGCCACUUUGAGUGCUGCUUUCUGCGGGAGGCAAAGGAGGGCGAGGCGCGGGCGGUGUGAGGUAGGGGCAGAGUACUGCCGCGCGCGCUCUCUGCAGGACCGCGCAGGCGCGUGUGUCAGACGGGUGGGAGUCGCGAGCGUGGUCAGUCCAGUGUGGUCUCAGAGUGUCGCACAAGUCGGAGUGGGCGCGGGGGCGGAGAGCUCUCUUGAGUGCUUGAGAGUGUAGCGUUUGGUUAGGUGUUCUUUCCUGUGGCGAUCAGAACGC